AUGCUCUUAUUUCAACUAGUGGCAAAAGAUCACCGACGCCUUUUACAGCACUACGUUUGCAAGCCGGGCUUUGUUAUCGCACAAAUUUUAUGUAAACAAAAGAAAACUUCGAUCUGCUCCAUGAUGAGCUCAGCCCCCCUGAUCGCGCUAAUCCUCGCCUGCCUGGGGAGUGCGACCAGUGAGAAGGUGCCCAACAUUCUGCUCAUCCUGUCCGACGAUCAGGAUGUGGAGCUGCGCGGCAUGUUUCCCAUGGAGCAGACGAUCCAGCUGCUGGGAUUCGGGGGCGCCCUGUUUCACAACGCCUACACGCCCACGCCCAUCUGCUGUCCGGCGAGGACGAGUCUGCUGACGGGCAUGUAUGCGCACAACCACGGCACCCGGAACAAUUCCGUAUCUGGCGGAUGCUACGGACCGCACUGGCGGCGGGCCCUGGAGCCGCGUGCUUUGCCGCAGAUCCUGCAGCAGCACGGAUACAACACCUUCUUUGGCGGGAAGUACUUGAAUCAGUACUGGGGCGCUGGGGAUGUGCCAAAGGGAUGGAACCACUUCUAUGGCCUCCACGGCAACUCGAGAUACUAUAACUACACACUGCGCGAAAAUACCGGGAACGUGCACUACGAGUCGACCUACCUAACCGAUCUGCUACGAGAUCGUGCAGCUGACUUCCUAAGAAAUGCUACACAAUCCCCGGAACCCUUCUUUGCGAUGGUGGCUCCACCGGCAGCCCAUGAACCCUUCACUCCCGCCCCAAGACAUGAGGGCGUGUUCUCCCAUAUAGAAGCCCUGCGCACGCCCAGCUUCAACCAAGUUAAACAGGACAAGCACUGGUUGCUAAGAGCAGCACGCCGUCUGCCCAACGAAACGAUCGACACCAUAGACAAGUAUUUCCAGAAGCGCUGGGAAACGCUGCUGGCUGUGGACGAGCUGGUCGUCACCUUGGUGGGCGUGCUAAAUGAUACGCAAUCGUUGGACAACACCUACAUCAUUUACACCUCGGAUAACGGCUACCAUGUGGGACAGUUUGCACAGCCCUUCGAUAAAAGACAACCCUACGAAACAGACAUUAACAUACCGCUGCUAAUCCGAGGACCUGGCAUAGCACCUGAGAGCCACGUUGACACUGCCGUCAGUCUGGUGGACUUGGCACCCACUAUAUUGGCCUGGGCCGACAUCGACACACCAUCCUACAUGGAUGGGCAAUCGUUUCAUGAGAUUUUGCUCGACAAAAGGCGGAGGGUUCCAUUUUUCGAGCGUUCCUUGUUGAUCGAGUACUGGGGCGAGGGAACUCUGGCCACGUACAAUCCCGAAUGCCCUUGGUCAGCAAAGGAUCGCUUGGCGCAGUGCACCCCUGCAGCGGAUUGCCAUUGCCAGGAUUCAUGGAACAACACCUACGCCUGCUUGAGAAAUAUUCGCCACCGGGAGGAUCGAAUUUACUGCGAAUUUCGGGAUAGCGAGAACUUUUUGGAAGCAUACGACCUGCAAUUGGAUCCCUUUCAAAUGACCAACAUUGCCUAUGAUCUGCUGCCCAUUGAACGAGCUUUGUAUUCGUUGCGCCUAAAGAAUCUCACACAGUGUUCUGGCCACUCGUGUUUUCUAUAGAUAUACUACAAUUAUAUUAUAGAUAUACUAUAUACUACUCCCAACCUAACCAAAUAGUCAUCAAAACCAAAUGCAAGUACGCUUGGCUCAUAUAGUUUUUGGGAUAUUUUAGUAUUCAGAUAUCAUGUGAUUUAUGUUGCUAUAUACAUAGUCUCAAAUUUGUCGUAUUUUAAA